AUGGCAGAUCAGCAAUCGUCGAACCUGCCAAUCCGGGUCAAGGAGAGUAUAUCGACCAAGCAAGCGGCCGACCCCGUUGAGUCAGAAGUCCAAAAAGCUAAUGAUAAGACUGAACUGGAUGGCCAGAUUCAGCAUGGUAACCAAGCCAAGAUUGAGGAAAAAGUCGCUACCGACAGUCACACGAACGGUGCAUUUGGCGCCGGCGACGAUGACGAAGAUGAGGAAGGAGAAAGAGGUGUGGUAGUCACUGAUCCUGCACUGCUGCCUGAACCAAAGAAGAAGAAGAAAAAGAACAAAGUCAGAUCUGCUGGCAAGCGUGGUUUGAACAAACCCACUGGAAUGGAGGAGUUUUAUGCAGAUGCGCCCUUGACAGCAGCUGAGUACGCAGAGCAGAAGGCUCUUUACGAUACGGGACUGGUCGUGCACCGCCCUGGAUUUGUUGCUGACGAGAAUAGUCGACUACUUACAGCAAUACAAAGAUUCGAGCGGACACGAAAGCUAACUCCAGAGCGACGUGAUAUCUUCUACAAGUGGCUUCACUAUGGUAGCAUCAAGAUCGGUCCCAAUGUUGGUGGGGGUGGUCAAAAUUUGAAAGAAAUGGACAAGGGCGAAACAGCUAUUGCCCUGUCACAAGUUUCAGUCUCGAGUGAGCUGAGAGAUGCACUUGAUAGCAUUGGGACAAGUCAGGCGAAAUAUGUGGUCGAUUUCAUGGGUUGUGUCAGAGGAUUUCUCUCACGAGUGGCACCCUGCAUAUACCCAUUCGACAACAAAGAAGCGGUCGAGGUUGUCACCAGCACCAUCGAAAGAUUUCUCGAUUAUCUGCUGCAGCACGAUAUUUGCCCGGAGUACGCAAAGGCCAUUCUUGAAACAAGAAACUUCUGUCGAGAAGCAAGCUUUGAGCUCUGGUCUUGCGCCGAAGCACAAAGAUGGUUGCCUGGUGAUUUCAAUAUUGCUUGCUCGACCCUUCUCGGUGGUAAAUACGCAAGAGAUUACGACGGCGAAACAUGGUGGGGUGAUGAGAGCCUGGCUACGGGUCCAAAAUUUGUCGGCUUGUCAGAAGAGGAGGCCAAACACAUCUUCACGCUGAGUGUGGCUGGCGCCGCAAGCGAGGAAGCAUACCAGGCAUAUCUGGACAUUAGUCGCAGUGACGAUUCCGAGGAGGGUCUGGAAAUUAUCAGGACCAUAAAAGAACAGGGAUUUGAGAUUGUUCAUCUUGAGAAUCCGACUGCUGACUGCAAAGACAUGUACAACGCCAACUCAGACAAAUAUAGACCUGUCGGGAAGGUCAUCGCUAAGCCAUGGAAGAACCCCGAGGACCCGCCAGAAGAUGUCCCGGUAGAACAGACAAAGGCAGCAAGAGCCGGCGGUGCGAGUCCAGACCGAUAUGAGUUUCUGAUCGAGGAGAUUCUCUUGCAGCAUUUGUCGAUUGGACAGAAGAUCAUGGCUACCAUCCACCAGAUCAACUGCGGAAUAUGGUUCUUUGACGAUGUCACCAAGGUAUUCCCAGACUUCGACCUCUGGCUAGUAAAUGAAUUGGUGGAAGAUUACAGAGAAGCAAGAUGGCUACCUGACGCAUACGCACCUGGAGCGCCAGGAUGGGAUGAUGCGAUAGUGGACGACGAAGCUGGUUCCAAGGGCGGCGAGCCAACAGCUGCAUGA